AUCCAUUGUAGUGAAGCCUCCUUGAUAAAACGCUGUCGUUUCGAGGGGUGGAAGACAACGUUAGAAACUUGUCAACAGCUUCGGCAUCCACUUCCCGAACACCGAUAUACACUAUCUGAAUUCUGAAUCAUGGGAUUGGAAGAACCUGCUAGAAUUUCAGCCAAUGUCGGAAACAGCAGCGACGGCGGCGGCGCCUCCACUUCCGGCAGCGUGAAGAGGUUCCCACUGGCGGCGCAACCGGAGAUUAUGAGAGCCGCCGAGAAAGAUGACCAGUAUGCUUCCUUUGUCUAUGAAGCUUGCCGUGAUGCUUUCCGUCACCUCUUCGGUACAAGAGUCGCUGUAGCUUACCAGAAUGAGGCAAAACUCUUGGGGCAAAUGCUCUAUUAUAUGCUGACAACGGGUGCAGGGAAGCAAACACUAGGAGAAGAAUACUGUGACAUCACUCAGGUUGCAGGACCAUAUGGGCUUUCCCCUACACCUGCAAGACGUGCUCUUUUUAUUUUCUAUCAGUCAGCCGUUCCAUACAUUGCAGAAAGAGUCAGUUCUAGAGUAGCUUCCCGUGGCAUCACCCUUACUGAUUCAAUGGCCGGCUAUAUAUUUGGGGACGUUCGUACUUCAAGCAACGAAGCUGAGGCAUCAGCGACUGUUGAGAUACAGUCAUCUUCAACAUCCACUCCCUCAAUUUCAGCUCUUUCAAGAUUAAAAGCCAAGAUAAGGGAUUUCUGGUUGUAUGCUGUUCGAAGGUGGCCUUCGGUGCUUCCUCUUGCUCGUGAGGUCUUGCAAUUGGUUAUCCGGACCAAUCUCAUGUUCUUCUAUUUUGAAGGAUUUUAUUAUCAUAUAUCAAAACGUGCUGCGGGCAUUCGCUAUGUGUUCAUUGGCAAACCUAUGAACCAACGACCUAGAUAUCAAAUACUAGGGGUCUUCCUUCUAAUUCAAUUAUGUAUUCUUGCUGCUGAAGGUCUGAGGCGUAGUAGUUUAUCAUCCAUUUCAGCUUCUGUUCAACAAGCACCCUUUGGAACCUAUCAGACUUCUACAGGCCGAGGUUUACCUGUUUUAAAUGAGGAAGGCAAUCUAAUUACUGCUGAAACUGAGAAGUAUGGGCUGGUUGCUGAAUCCACAUCAACCUCAGAGUCACAAGGAAGCAGUUCAAGCAAAUGCACGCUUUGCUUAAGCAGCCGCCAAGAUCCAACAGCCACACCUUGUGGUCAUGUGUUUUGCUGGAACUGCAUAAUGGAGUGGUGCAAUGAGAAGCCUGAAUGUCCUCUUUGCCGUUCUCCUAUAACACAUUCAAGCUUAGUUUGUCUGUAUCAUUCAGAUUUUUAGUCAUGGAUAGGUCAGAUAUUGCAAAAAAAUCUGCAAAUAAAUCACCAAGGCCGGGUCUGUUCUCGAUGUGUCAGAAAACAUUCAGUGGUACAGUUGUGUACUUCAUACUGAAAUGUGGGAUCUCUUUUAUUUUCGGGUGCUGGAAGCCAUAAUGGGGUAAAAAGGGUGGUUGUGAGCUGUGGAAGGAAGUAGAGUUUUGCUAUUGAUUUACUAAAGUUAAUGAGGUUAACUUUUGUGCCAUGUAAUGGUGUAGCAGAUUCAUUUAUGGAAAGCAAGCACACAACAGCCAUUCCUCGUCUUACACAACACCGCUACUUGUCUUGCACUGAAGAAAAAGCAUUGGAUUUCCCUCAUAAGAAGUUUUUGCUGCUGUUCCGUAUAUCGUCUAUAUUACAUAUGCUUCGGGACCAGAUUGACUGGAUAAAGUUGCGACUGAAUCAAUCAUUGUUGAGGUAUGACUGGUAUUUGUGAUGUAUGACGAAACACAUUUUCACCUGUGGUAUUCAAAAGAAAUUAGUUUUUUCAACCUCAAAAUUAUAGUAUGUGGAGGUGUUACAGCUAACUGUCUCUGGUUUUCUAAACCGAAAGAGGAAAAUAUGCACCUUCCUUUAUUUACUUCUCAUUUUAUA